CUUUGCUCUCUCGGGCUGCUCCAGCCUUUCCCCGCCUUACCCUUGAAGGUGAAAUUCCAGUUCCAGUUCCACCAUUCUCAACAACCUUGACCCGCGACUUGUGUUCGCUCACCCACAGUCGCUGGAACGCGGCUCUCUCGUCGCAAGAUGGGAAAGCUCAUUCGCCUGGAGCUUUUUAACUUCAAAUCAUACAAGGGUCACCAUGUGCUUCUCUUCGGUGAUGCCUAUUUCACCUCCAUCAUCGGGCCCAACGGGUCGGGCAAGUCGAACUCCAUGGACGCGAUCUCCUUCGUCCUAGGUAUCAAAUCGUCCCACCUGCGAUCCACGAACCUCCGCGAUCUCGUCUACCGCGGCCGCGUUCUGCGCACGUCCAAGGUGGACGCCAGCGGCAACGCCAUUGAAACAGAAGCCAACGGAGACGACCAAGCCGAGGACGGAAUCGAUGGCGAACAAUCUCAGGAUCCCAGCGGAUCGGGCGACCCCCGAACCGCCUGGGUCAUGGCGGUGUACGAGGACGAUGCGGGCGAGGAGCAGCAGUGGCGCCGAUCCAUCACGAGUGGCGGCGUCAGCGAGUACCGGAUCAACAAUCGCAUCGUCACGGCGCAGCAGUACAACGAGGCCCUCGAGUCCGAGAACAUCCUGAUCAAGGCGCGUAAUUUCCUCGUUUUCCAGGGUGAUGUCGAAGCCAUCGCCUCGCAGUCUCCUAAGGACUUGACCCGCCUGAUCGAGCAGAUCUCGGGCAGUCUGGAAUACAAGGCGGAGUAUGAGCGCUUGAAGGCGGAGGCGGAGGAGGCCGCCGAACAACAGACCGUGCAGCUGAACCGCCGCAGAGGUAUCAACUCCGAGAUCAAGCAGUACCAGGAACAGAAGCGCGAAGCCGAGAACUAUGCCCGGAAAGCGGAGGAGCGCGACCAGGCCAUCAUCACCCAUAUCUUGUGGAAGCUCUUCCACUUCCAGCGCCUCAUCGACGCGUCCAGCGCAGACAUCCUGAAAUACCAAGACGAGCUUAAGGAAUAUCGCCGCGGUGUUGAGAAAUACGAGAAGAACGUCGAGGAUGCCAAGAAGGACCAUGCGAGAGUUGGAAGGGAUGUCGCCAAGGCCGAGAAGAACAUUCUGGCCAAGGAGAAAGACAUCGAGCAGUCGAACAAUGCUCUUGUGCCGGUAGAUGAGAAGGUCGACAUCACUAAGAAAAAGGUCGAGCGCUUCUCAUCUCGGAUCGCGGAGAUCACUAAGGAGCGGGAGGGCCAGGCGGCAAAUGUCAAACAGUUGGAAAAGAACCUAAAGGUCGUUGAAAAGGCCCAGGCUCAGUGGGAAGCUGAAUGGCUCAAGAGCAUGAGCAAGCAGGGUGGUCAGCUGAGCGAAGCCGAUCUCCAGGACUACAAGCGGCUGAAGGAAGAGGUCAACAAGCGGUCAUCCGCGGAGCAGCUGAACCUGGACAACCUGCGUCGUCAGCGAAAGACUGAAGCAGAGGCCUUCAACGGUUUGAAGAGCAAGUUCGAAGGCACUGAGUGGCAGCUGAAGACGCUGGAGUCCGAAACGCAAUCAUUGGCUGAACGCAAGUCGUCUGUCACCGAUACCGUUAAGACUACGUCGAAGGAUAUCGAACGCAAGAAGAAGGAGCUGAACGCCCUCACCUCUGAGCGCCUUCGUGUGUCACAAAUGAGGACGGAACUCGAGGAGAAGCUCCAGGUGGUGUUGAAGAAGCUUCUUGAGGCUGACGACGGCAGAAAGCAGUCCGAAAGGGAGAUCAGAGCCAAGGAGCUGAUCUCAACUCUCAAGCGCAUCUUCCCGGGUGUCAAGGGCCGUGUCAGUGAUCUUUGCAAACCGAAGCAGAAGAAAUACUCUGAUGCUGUGAGCACUGUCCUUGGUCGCCAUUUCGAUGCUAUUGUUGUGGACAAUGAGAAGACGGCGAAAGAGUGCAUCCAGCACCUGCGUGAUCAAAGAGCCGGGCAGGCCACAUUCAUCCCUCUGGAAACAAUCCAGGUCAAGGCUUUCAACUCAAACCUGAAGGGUCUGCAUCGGGGCAUGCGUCCGGCGAUCGAGACGGUCGAUUACGACGACUCGGUUGCCAGAGCCAUCAGCUACGCUUGCGGGAAUGCCAUUGUCUGCGAUGACCUGGCAACUGCGAAGUAUCUCUGUUACGAGCGAAACGUUGAUGCCAAGGCCGUCACUCUCGACGGCACUGUGAUCCACAAGGGCGGUUUGAUGACUGGUGGUCGGGGCCCUCAGCAGAACUCGAAGCGUUGGGAAGAUUCCGAGGUGGAAAACCUGUACAAGCUGAAGGACAAGCUGAUGGCUGACCUCGGCAAUCUCCCCAAGGGUCACCGACGUGGCACCGAAGAGGAAACUCUGCAAGGCGAAUUGGUUGGUCUCGAGCAACGCCUCGCCUACGCUCGCGAGGAACUCAAGGCGCUGGAGAGGAACCUCGAAAGCAAGCAUAGCGAACUGGACUUCGUGAAGCGCCAACUUGAGGAUGUGAGGCCCAAGUACUUCGAGCGUCAGGAGGGCCUGGAAGAGCUCGACCAGACCAUUGCCACCUCCCAGGAGACCGUCAGCAGUGUGGAAGACGAGGUGUACCGGAAAUUCUGCAAGCGCCUGGGAUACAGCAAUAUCCGUGAAUAUGAGGUCCAGCAAGGGUCCUUGCAAGAGGAGGCUGCUCAGAAGAAACUCGAGUACACGACGCAAAAAAGCCGGAUCGAGAACCAGCUUAGCUUCGAGAACCAGCGUCUCCAGGCAACUGCCGACCGUGUUGCCGGUCUCCAAGCACAACACCACCGCGACGAGGAAUUGAUCGAGGAACUUCAGGCAGAGCAGGAGAGCAUCCGGAACCAGCUGGAUGAGCUCAACGCCGAGCUUGAAAUCCUUCGGGAGAACCUGGAGGAGCAAAAGGAGGUUUACGCACAGUCGGGUGAGAACCUGACGCAACAUCGCAGAGAGCUCCAGAAGCGCAGCAGAGAAGCCGAGGGCACGAUCAAGAGCAUCAAUGCUCUGGAAACGGAAAUGCAGCGCAAUUCGUCCAGUCGAUACGCCCUCCUCCGGCGUUGCAAGCUCGAAGACAUCGACGUCCCAUUGACUGAUGAUUCGAAUCCCCUGGACCAACUCCCCAUCGAUGAGCUCGUCCAGGCUGGAGACCCGGAUGCUAUGGAUGUGGAUGAAGAUGGUAUCGGCGGCAGCGGCCAGACGUUCGAAGACUACGGUAUUGAAGUCGACUUCGACUCCUUGGGAGAAACCCUGAAGGAGGAGAGCGACGAGAAGUUGGAGGAGGAGCUCCUCGACAAGGUCCGGUCCCUCAACAACGAGCUUGACAAGAUGGCACCGAACACACGUGCCAUGGAGCGACUCGAGAGCGUGGAAAACAAACUCAGGGCGACGGAGAAGGACUUCGAGGACACCCGCAAGCAAGCCCGCAGAACCAAGGAGGACUUCGAGGAUGUGAUGCGCCAGCGAUCGGAUCUGUUCAACAAGGCCUUCUCGCACAUCUCCGAGCAGAUCGGUCCGAUCUAUCGCGAACUGACCAAGAGCAGCAACUAUCCGCUGGGUGGACAAGCCUACCUCGACAUCGAAGACUCAGACGAGCCCUACCUCGACGGCAUCAAAUACCACGCCAUGCCCCCCCUUAAGCGUUUCCGAGACAUGGAGCACCUUUCCGGUGGCGAGAAGACCAUGGCCGCCUUGGCUCUGCUGUUCGCCAUCCACUCCUACCAACCGUCUCCAUUCUUCGUGCUCGACGAGGUCGACGCCGCCCUGGAUAACACCAACGUCGCCCGUAUCGCGAACUACAUCCACGACCACGCUGCGCCCGGUAUGCAGUUCAUCGUCAUCAGUCUGAAAAACGGUCUCUUCCAGAACAGUGAGGCCUUGGUUGGUAUCUACAGAGAUCAGGUUGAGAAUAGCAGUAAAUCUCUGACUCUUGAUCUCCGUAAAUACAACUAAACUAAACUAAACGAAUGAAUGGCCGGUUGCCGUGGCGUUAUCUUAUCCUAUCUUAUCUUCUUUCUCUUCUUCUUUUCCCCCUUUCAGUUAGUGCUUGAUUGAUGGAUGUGUAGAAUACGCUUUACUGCUUGCUCUGCUUGAUUAUGGCUGGCUAUUCUGGGCUUGAUGGGCAUGCUAGCAUGUUUUUAGUCCUUGCUUUGUUUGACUGUUUUGUUCACGUUUACGUUUUACUCACGGGUUAAUGCGAACUAUCUGCUUGGCGUUUGGGAUUCUUACUAUGUACUGGCUGUACGGAGUACUUGGGUGCCUAAGAUAGUAAGUAGGUUAGGUGCCUAGUAGUAGUGGUAGGCUAAGUGUGACUCGGU